AUGACAAGGAGUCGAAUGAACUCCGAAACACAUGAGGAGACGCAAAAGUCAAUCCUGAAGAAUGCUCAGGGUCCAUCCGGUAUAGCCCAAAUUGAACCGAAUGUUGACGAGAAACGAAAAGAAAAUGGUGACGAACAGUUAACGCUGCACUCCUACGAGAAGAAUCGGCGAUCAGAUCGCCAUCUUCACCCACCGCACGGUACAAUCGCCAUGAUUGAGAGGCAAAUCUCAAAAACUCAACCGCCAGCACCUUUGAUGCCAACACCAACGUCAACAGAAAGAAAAUUCACCGAUUCCUUCUAUUGGAUGUCACAUCUUCACAAAAGAAUUGGACUUAGUCACAUUAUUCUUCUACUUAUUCUUACUGCUUACACAUUUCUUGGAGCAGUAGUAUUUUAUUAUUUGGAAACUCCUCAUGAACGUAUGGUUGUCGCUGAAAGGAAAGAAAAACUCGACGAUCGACUACAGCAACUUGCUGAAUAUCUGAAUGCAGUUGCGGAGAACAAAACAGUCGAAGAGAUGGCCGAGGAUGUUAAGGCAGCAUACAUAGAGAUGUUGGACGUCGAAGGCACGUACAAGUGGUCAACAUUUUAUCGAUCUGCUGAUCCAGAAAACAACUACAAAUGGACUUACGGAAGCAGUUUCUUCUUUGCGAUGAAUGUGUACACAACAACUGGAUACGGAUCAAUUGCACCUGAAACGCGACCCGGUCAAUGGUUUGUCAUCAUAUACGGGUUCAUAUUCGUCCCAGUGACUUUGGUGGUGAUUCGUGACCUUGGACAAUGGGGUCUACUUGCGAUUACAAAGGUCUAUGCAAGGAUUCUUCUGAAGUACAGAAGAUGGCGUGGAACGAAAUCAGAAAAACCAAAUGAAGUGAUUCGUCUUCCGAUAGUUAUCAGUGUUCUCAUAAUGAUAGCAUUCCUUGCCGUCAGCACGGUGUUCAUCUACUAUUUGGAUGCAUUUUCUGGUCCGCCUGGUACUGGUCUGGAUUGGUUCCAUUCGUUUUACUUUUCUUACAUGUCAUUUACUACGAUCGGUCUUGGCGACGUUAUGCCAAAUAAUGCUACGUUCGCACCUAUUGUCUCCAUCCUGUUCUUCCUCGGUUUGCCAAUUCUAAAGGUUGUCAACAGGAUGACAUAUCUUACAGUGGAAAAUGGAGCAUUUGGAAUGCUUACCGUUAUCGAGAACAGAAUCGAUAACUACUGGGAAGGAAAACAGCCUUCAAGCGGCGAAGUUGAAAAUGGAGCAAAAGAAGAAAAUGCCAAGGAGACCGACAAAGACGAGAUCCCCGCCGAAUGGGUGAACAACAUCACUAUUCAUUCGAUUGCCACAUUCAUGAAAGCGAACAAGGAUGUGUACGGUGGCAGUUUUGGAAAAGUGAAUCUUCGUGCGGCUGACGUUCUCCCACAGAACGAACAGGACACGGUUCUAUCCAGGAGAUCACAUCGUUGA